AUGGACUACGGGGCAUACAUGAACGCAGGCGGUGUGGGCGGCGAUUUGUCCGAGACACAAAUCCCUGACAACGCGGAGACAAUCCACAUUUCGUCGCUGGCGCUGCUCAAAAUGCUCAAGCACGGGCGUGCUGGAGUGCCAAUGGAGGUGAUGGGUCUGAUGCUGGGCGACUUUAUCGACGACUACACAGUGCGCGUGGUGGAUGUGUUUGCGAUGCCGCAGUCGGGCACGGGAGUGUCAGUUGAGGCCAUUGACGAGGCGUACCAGGCGGCGAUGAUGGAGAUGCUGAAGCAGACGGGCCGUGCCGAGUCUGUGGUCGGGUGGUACCACUCGCACCCUGGGUUUGGGUGCUGGCUGUCGAGCGUCGAUAUCAGCACGCAGCAGGCGUUUGAGCGGCUGAACUCGCGUGCCGUGGCCGUGGUGGUUGACCCGAUCCAGUCGGUGCGCGGCAAGGUUGUGAUUGAUGCAUUCCGGCUAAUUGAGUCGACAGCGUCGAUGGCGGGCACGGAGCCGCGCCAGACCACGUCCAACAUUGGCCACUUGCACAAGCCCAGCAUCCAGGCGCUGAUCCACGGGCUCAACCGCCACUACUACUCGAUCGCAAUCGACUACAGAAAGAACGAGCUCGAGGAGAAGAUGCUGCUGAACCUGCACAAGAAGGACUGGGCGCACGGCAUGACGCUGUCCAACUUCAAGACGCACUGCUCCAGCAACCACGAGUCAGUGAACAAGAUGCUGAAGCUGGCUGACUCGUACAACAAGUCGGUGCAGGAGGAGCAGAAGCUAACUGCUGAUGAGCUCAAGACGCGCCAUGUGGGCAAGCAGGACCCGAAGCGCCACCUGGAGUCGGUAGUUGAAGAGGUCAUGGGCAACAAUAUCAUCCAGACGCUGGGCAUGGCUGCUGACGACCAAGCGCUCUAAAAACCAAAGUAAAAUCUACGUUUAUUCAAUCCCAAAGCCCUGAAAGUGUUUGUCUUU